AUGUUGAGCUCGGCUGAGUCCACUAAUGUAGGCAUGGUAUCGUUGUUUGAGGGCACUAAUUUCAGUAUAACCCUCACACGGGCCCUAUUGGAGCAGCUGUGCAUGGACCUCUUCAGUCAGACGAUAGAUGCUGUGAAGACGGCGUUGAGCGAUGCGAAGAUAGACAAGGCUAACAUUCACGAAAUAUUGCUGGGCUUCUUCAAUGGUAGAAAAUUGAAAAGGUCCAUCAAUCCGGACGAGGCAGUGGCGUAUGGUGCGACGUUGCUUGCUGCCAACCUGGCUGGUGGUGUGUCGAAUUCGAUGCAGGAUUUGAUGUUGCUGGAAGUAACGCCACUGUCAUUGGGACUGAAGGAUGCAGAUGGUAUGGUGGGGAUUGUAAUAAAGCGAAACACGCCUAUUCCGACGAAGCAGACAUGCAAUGCCUUAACAGCUGUGGAUAAUCAAACGAGUGUGUGGAUCAGCGUUUAUGAGGGUGAACGAGUGAAGGCGAGUGACAACCACUUUUUGGGCCACUUUCUCAUACUGGGUUUUCCAGCAGCACAGUGUGAUGAGAUUAAGUUCGAAAAUACAUUUGAAAUUGACGAAAAUGGCAUUCUUCAUGUGUCGUCGGUGGAAACGUCGACAGGGAAGCAGAGAAGCAUGACUAUUGCCAACUACGAGGGUCGUCUGUCGGCGGAGGAGAUAGAGCGAAUGCUGGCUGAAGCGGAGAAGUUCAAGCAUGUGGACGAGAAGGGGAGGAGUAGGGUGGCAGCGCUGAACGCGUUAGUGGACUGCAUCUACAGCAUGAAGAGGAACAUGGAGAAGGAGGAGAUAACGCAGAAGAUAUCUGAGGAGCACCGAAAAAAUAUACUUGCGAAGUGUGAGGAGACGAUCAAGUGGACGGAAACCGAGAAACAAGCUACAAAGGAGGACUACGAAGAAAUGCGUGAACAGUUUAAGGAAGCGUGCAGCUUAAAAUAA